UUUUUCAGCACAGAAUUCUAAUGGAAGAAGAAGGAGGAGCACGAAAAUCGCCUAGAAGAAGUCCGCGGAUACUUAGUGAUGUUGGUACUUCGAAUCAGAAAGUUUAUAGAAGGAGUCGAAUGAGGGGUCAAGUUUCAUCUCCUACUGAUGAAGUUAAUGACUGUCCCAAUUUUAGUUUGGGAAUCUCACAAGGAUCGGGUGAGCAAAACAAGGGUGAGCAGAACAAGGGUGAGCAGAACAAGGAGGAGCAGAACAAGAAGCAGAACAAAGGUAAAAAACGAGUUAAAGAGGUGAACAAUGUGAAGAAAUCGAAAAAAAGAUGCGUUGAUUUAGCAUCUACGUCGAAGAAAAUUGUGGACUGUGAUGACGAUUUUGAGGUUUUACCUCCUCAAUUUCAGUCAAAAAAAUUGAAAAAUAAAGAUGGGCAGGAGAAGAAGAAGCCAGUGAAGGAUGCAAAAACACGAAAUCGAUUGCCCAACAAUGUCAUUCUACCAGAGAGUAGAUAUCCGGGACUGUGGAGUUUUCGUUGCUGCAUUUGCGGAGUUUGUAAGUAAUGGCCAACAUAUUCUAAAUCAACAAGUAAAGGCAGACAUUCUCCGAAAGAGAUUUGGAGCUAUAUGAUGGGAAUAUGCAAGAAGGAAGCAAGCGAGUGACCUUCAAAGUGAAGACGAAAGACCGGAAAGAUAAAGAAAUAUAGUUAUAUUAGUUAGUAUGACUGUGAAAACUAUAUGGUGUAAAAACAGUUUGUAGUUAGUAUGGCUAUGAAAAACUAUA